GGCACUUGGAUCUUGAGUGGAAAAUCUGAUCUAAGAGAAAGCUAUGGUGGUUCUUGUGAUGAGCCAUCAUGGCCGCAGCAAACCAAACAGUAGAUCUGGUUUCCAGCAUUCGCCGUUGCAACAGUUUGGUCGAGGCCAGGACGCUCCACUCGCUCGCUGUGGAGAAUUAUCGCAAGAACCAAACUUUUACGGCAAAUCUCGUGAUUGAGAUGUACGGAAGGUGUGGGGGCAUCGAUGAGGCUAGGAGGGUGUUUGAUGCAAUCGCCAACAAGAAUGUUUUCUCGUGGACUAUCAUACUAACAGUGUAUGCCCGCUCUGGGCAUCUGGAUGAGGCAAAGUUUGUCUUUGACACAAUGCCUGAAAAGAACGUUGUCUCGGAGACGACAAUGAUAAUGGCUUACGCAGAAGCUGCAAAACUUGAUCAAGCUAAGAUUGUUUUUGACAGCAUGCAAGAACGCAAUUUGUUUGCUUGGAACGCCUUGAUAACUGGACAUGCCCGACAUGGGCAUUACAAAGGCGCUCUUAAACUAUUACAGCUUAUGGAUCUCGACGGUGUCAGGGCCGAUCGGAUCACGUUUCUCGCAAUUAUCGAGUCAUGCUCGGGGUUAAACGAUUUUCGAAAAGCCAGGCUCAUGCACUCGAGAGCUGGAGCUUCUGGUUAUGCUCUAGAAACGAAGGUGGCAAAUGCCCUGAUCACAAUGUAUGGACGAUUCGGAGCUCUCGAUGAUGCAACGAAGGUUUUCCAAGAGCUGAAAGACAAGAGCACCGUUUCAUGGAAUGCCAUGGCGUGGGCAUUUGGGUCCAAUGGUCGUGUAGACGAUUCCAGACGCUUGCUCCAUGUUGAUUGCUCAAAAAGGGAUUUGAGUUCUUACAACUGCUUGAUCUCGGGGUUCUCCCUGAACGAUCGGCCCCAAGAAGCAGUGGAAGUGUUUGAGAUGCUGCUUUUGGAGGGCGAGUUUCAUCCAGACGACGUGAGCUUCCUCGCAGUUCUUAGCUGCUCGUGCUUCAAAAGGAUUCGCGAUUUGAGAACCAUCUACAAUGUCGCGAGCGAGGCGGGCUAUCUUGCAAACACGAGGGUCGCAAACUCUCUCGUGAAUUGUUUUGGCAGAUCUGGAGCUCUUGACGACGCAACUUGCCUGUUCCGGGAGAUCACGAAAACGGCAAAUGCCGCCUCUUGCUGGAACGUCCUUCUCGGCGUCUACGUCGAAAGCAAUCUCCCACGCGAGGCCAUUCUUUUGUUUCGCGAAAUGGACGUGGAAGGCGUAAAGCUCGACUAUAUCACGAUGAUCCUGGCCGUCGAUGCCUGCCGGAUCGGAGGGCCCGGCGCCACCCUCUUCCGGCGCUCCAUCCACGACAGGGCCAUCCGUACGGGCUUUCUCCAGCAUGUGAAAGUCGCCACCGGGCUUGUCACCAUGUACGGCGAGUACGGCAUGGUAGGCGACGCUUUCCAGGUGUUCUGUUCGAUUCCCACCAAAAACCUCCUCGCGUGGACUGCGCUGGUAGUCGCAUACGCCCGAAACGGGCAUAUGGAACAAGCAUUGGAAGCGUUUCAACGGAUGGGAUUGGACGGCUGCCAGCCUGACGAGAUCGCCUUCGUCGGUAUCAUCUCAGCUUGCAGUCACGGCGGGCGCGUACGGGAGGGCUGGCAUUUUAUGGCCGAAAUGUACGGGGAGUUUGGCGUGGGCCAAAAGGAGGAACACUAUAGCUGCCUUGUCGACAUGCUUGGAAGGGCGGGGUUACUAGACGAGGCUGAGAGAUUUAUCCAGGAGGUGACUGUAAAUGUAAACCCCUGGAAGGGUAGAAGUUUAUUACUGUCCUGGAAAAGCCUGUUGAGUUCUUGCCGGGUUCAAGGUGACCUGGAGCUCGCCCACAGGGUUUUGACACAAGUGGACAGGUAACUAAAGGUGUCACCUCCGGGUAACUAUAAUUGAAUAUUCGAUUCCAGCUGGCAACGAAUGGAAGAGACAACCAAGAAAGAUUUUCGAGGCAACGUCAGAGCAGAUAUAUACAAGAGGCAAAACAAACGUUUGGUGACGUGAAUCCUUUGCAAAAUAGUCAAAAUGGGUAUAUUCUCCCUCGAUCCGGCUCUUAACGCUGGGCUAGGGAAAUCCCGGGACUACCUAAUGGGGAGACGCUGCGAUCGAUCACUCUAAUGUCGGGAGCUCUCACAUUUGAUCGACGAGGCGGGAGAAGAGACGAUAUCGAUUCCAAUGGCUGCGAGGAUUCUAGUCUUGAUGGCGCUGCUCGAGGAAGGAUAUGGCAGCCGCGGGAUGCUCGAAGACUUGGGAAACGCGCACAGAAGAGUUCCAGAGGAGGAAUCGAGCGCUCCUCCGCCAGCGUCGUCUUCGAUCGCCGCCAGUGGCUCCGCCGCGACUAGGCCAGCGCUGGGAUUCCCUCUGGGCACAGCGCUCAUCCUCUUCCUCGUUUUCGGAGUGAGUACUCUCUUCUCUUGCUGCUACCACUGGGAGAAGAUCCGGAGCCACACUGGCAGGCUCACUGCAAACCGGAGCUCCGCCAUGGAUUCAUCCGCGACGAGUUCCUCCGCUGCUGAUGGCGCCGCCGGCGAUCGAUGCUGCGAAAUCGAUCCACCCAAGUGCACCAAACAGUCUCUCAUCUUGCCAGUGUUGAUGCCUGGCGAUCAAAUCCCUAGGUACGUCGCGUGGCCCUCCCCUCAUGGAAUCCCAGACGAAGCUAUUACUAAUGCUAGUUUACACGAUAACUAUUGUCAGUUAUGACGUGGAUCCUUUAAUGUCCAGGCUAAAGAAAGCCCUAAGGUUUAAAUGCAAACCGAGCUUUUGAAUGCGCGGCU